AUGAAGACAAUUGUUAUGACUUUGGCUUUCUUUAUGAUCACAGGAACUCAAGGUGCAGUCCUGUGGCAAGAUGAGCCUCAAACUCGUCUGAAUGAGUUGAAAAAUACUCUUCAGGGCUACUUCACUCAAGUGAGUGACACAGCUCGAGACACUAUUAAUCAUAUCGAUAACUCCGAGAUUGGCAAGCAGCUCAACCUAAAAAUUUCAGAGAGCUUGGAGAAACUCAACAACUAUGUUACAGAGCUACAAAAGGUGGUAGCUCCUCUGUCAGAUGAAAUUCAAGAGCGAUUACAGAAAGACGGCUUGAAGCUUGAGAAGAAGAUUCAAGAGGACUUGGAAGAACUCAAAGUCAAAAUCCUUCUGUACACUGAUGACCUCCGUAACAGGGUCAACCAGAGUGUUGAGGAAUACCAGGUUAUGCUAGCACCCCUGGCCAGCAGUCUUAAGAAGCACGUUAUUCAGAAAGCUAAAAACCUCCACCCUUUAGCUCAGAAGGUCCAGGAGAAAAUCCAGACCAAUAUUCAGGACUUUCAAGUGAAUGUUGCACCGUUUACUGAAAAUGCUCGUGAAAUGCUCAAUCAACGUCUGGAGGAAUUCCACCAGAAAGCUUCUCCUUUGACCGAUGAACUGAGUGAAAAAUUCUAUCAAAACAUGGAGGUGGUGAGAGAGUCAUUCACUCCUCUGGCCCAGAACAUCCAGGAGCAUGUCACCCCAUAUGUUAAAGAUCUUAAAAGCAAGUUGACCUCACUGUGGGAAACAUUCCACCAAAACCUUAAUCAAGAACAGUAG